GGCGACAUUUGACAAGAAGAAAGGACACGGACAACAAAACGCGGAACCUGUUGUUCAGAGAGGUGAGGACCGAGGAAUGUAGGGACGCCGUGAACGCGAAUGGCAUCAUGACCACCAAAAUUGGUCCGCAACACACGUCAAACUCGUAUAACGGAGGUGAUGUAGGAAGAAGUAGUCCAACAGCAUUGUUGGAAGUGCUGGCAGAAGUUGCAUCCCAAACAUUGCACUCAGAAAACAAGCACAUCAAUUCACUGCUAACAUUGCAAUGUAAAUCCAAACCAGAUAGUGUAAAGCGAAGAGAAUCGAACUUUACUGUAUCUCAGCUCCUAUCUAUGCCUGUUUCUCAUCUUGUUAAGCAAUUUACUAUUUUUACAAGUGAUGAGCUCAAAAGACAAUAUUCUUAUACUUGUGCAUUAGUGCCUGGUUGUCAACAGAAAUAUAGCAGUUUUGCCAGUGAGGAAAAAGCAAGAGCAUCUAUCAAGAAUCAUUUAAUAGGACACUUAGAAUCUUUACAAGCAAACAAGGAAAUUUAUGACACAUUUACUGUAAAAAGUGUAAAUCAUAAGGCUUUGAAGACUAAUCAAAAUAAAAAAAGUCGGUUGCAGCAGAUAAAAAAGCCUCAAGAAACAUUAAAUAAAGAGAACAAAGAUGUAAUACUAGAAAAGUCUACAAAUUAUUUACGUAAUAUACUCCUGAAUGAUUCUAAUAUUAAGGGGAACGAGAAACAGAAGUAUUUUCAGAAAUCAGAAAAAGAAACACAAAAUUUUGGAUUAAAGGAUCAAAUGGAUCUCAAAGUUCUCCGUGAUCACAGUUAUUCUGAAAGAUUAGAUGAUAAAAUGCCUAUUAAGAAAGAAAUAUCCUUCAACGAAGUUUCUGAUAAUAUUGCAAAAGAAGAUAAUAUUGUUUUGAUGGUUAUUGGCAGUGAUAGUGUUCAUAUGAAAGAAUAUUCUCAUGUCAAUCAGAAAUUAACUGAAAACACCAAUUGGGAUCAAAGUUCUGAUUCUGCUUGCUUAGUAUCAGAUGACACUCGGACUAGAAACGUGGAAGUAUCUGCGACUAAACCAAAGGGUAAAGCGAAAUUCAUUGGUACGAGCAAAGAAGAAAGGGAAAUGGCACUAGCAUACAUCGAGCGUAUUAAGAAGAAAGGUAACCCGACAGGAAGUAAUCUUCAAUGUCGCAUUUGCGACCCACCCCGUAGUUUUACAGCGCCUACGACUUUAGUAUCUCAUUAUCGAAGUCACGCCGGAAUAAAGCCGUAUGAGUGUCGAAUAUGUAAAGCAGUUUUCACGAGAAGACAUAGUCUCAAGUAUCACAUGUUGAUCCAUCAAAAUCAAACGCGUUUCACGUGCACGGACUGCGGAAAGAAGUUUAGGCAUCCGUCCCACUUUAGGGAACAUCAACGCAGGCACACCGGAGAGGCGCCGUUCGGAUGCGAUGACUGUGGACAACGGUUUAAGACAAGAAAUACUUACAAGCGCCAUCUAAAAACGCGACAUGGAAAAAUUCUCACAACAGUAGGUGAAGUCUUGCAUCUUUCUGAGGAAGACUUUCAAAAGGUGCGUACAAAUCGAAGAAAGAAGGACAGUACUCCAGAGAUGACGACAAAUGUCAACGAAGGCGCGUCCAAUGUAAUUGUAGAUUUUGGGAAUCAGCAUGAUGAUGGACAAAAAACAAUGAACGCAAAUACUACAACAGAGUAUGUUUUGAAAGAGAACGUUGACGAUGUCAACAGAAUUUGGAUAAAGGAAGAGAUGCAAUUUGUUAACGAUUGUUACGAGAUUUGCACGGAAUCUCACUUGGAUAAGACUGAUGGCAUAGAGACUGAAAUAACUAUAGAUUGUAAAAAUCCAGAUAGAGACGAUAGCAAUAUGGAAUGUAUUAACGAUGUACAAGAAGAUGGCCUGAUACAAUUAAACAGUCCUAUUUACGAUAACGUAGAAGUAACCAAUAAUACAGAUCAUAUUUAUCAGCAUAAUGAAGACUAUCAAAACGAAGAUCGUGUUUCCAGAGUUGAAAAUUAUGAACAUCCGCAAAUAAAUUGCAAUAACGAGAUUUUAAGAACGGGAGAAGAUCAAGAAGAUAAUAGCAUACACAUAUUACAAAACUCAAAACACGACUAUCAUAAAAUAAUGUAUAACAACCGUGACAACCAAAAUGAAUCCACAACAUAUAUGCAUUUAAAAACAAAGCAAGCAGAAACUGUAAGUUCUGAUAAGAAUAAUCAAAUACACGAUAAAGAAGUCAUUGGAAAAUAUACGGAAGAUGUUGCUGUUUGUACAGAAGUUACAAGUGCAAACGUCAAUAUUUUGCAAACAUUCGAUAAAGCUGUAGAAAACAUUAUUCCGCUCAAUCAAGAUAUCAUAUCGGAAGGAGAUCACGUAAGUGAAAGCAUCGUGAAUAAUUUAAAUGUCUUUUCAGCAAAUCCUACCGAAACAAAUCAACCGAAAACUGAUCAACCGCAAAAUAGUCAGUAUUUGUAUGUUUGUACCGAAAAUAAAGUAACGGCGCAAAGUAAAUAUAUAAAUAUACCUCUUCGUCCGAUCAUGUGGUGUCGUGACAACCAGAAACAGUUGCAAAUGACGGAGGAUAAUGGUCGAAAAAUUCGAGUUCUAAGUAGCGAGGAUGUACGAGCAAUUAAUAUAAAGCAAUUUGAAAAGCAAAAUACGAUUUUACUUGUGUCUAAUAGUAAUUUGAAGAAUGGCAUUUUUCAGGUUAAGAAAAGUAACAUUACUGCAAAAGAGAUAUGAAGAGAUAGAGUGCGUAGAGAUCUAAAUUUAAAUAAUAAAAUUUGUACACAACAAAACAUGUAAAGUUCAAUGUUGAUCAUAUUUGAAAUAUAUUUUUUAUUAACAUAAAACAAUGCGCUAAUAGAAUCAGUCGAUUUACUCAUGCAAUAAUUAAUCCAAGACAAAAAAUAUGAAAGAAAAUAAUACAUUUUUCUUGCUUAAAUGUAAAUAGCAGAAAGAUGCUUUUGCUUCAUUAUAUAAUAAAUAAUUUUAUUUACUGUGUUUAAAAAUUGAAAACUAAAAUAUGCAUAUGAAAUAAUACAAGUAUGCCUAUGUGGGUGAUGAUUACAAUGAUAAUGUUAUGUAAUAAACCUCUAUGAUGCAUUUAUUUUACAAUAGAGAGGUUUGAUAAUUUUGUGUGAAGAUAUUACUCAUAUAAUAAGGUUAUUUAAUAUUGACUAUAAAAAUAGUCAUUGUAUUUAAUCUAAGUCUUUCAUAUAAUGUAAAACUGUUGUUUGGAACUAAAGUUUCAGUUUCUCUUGAUACAUACACAAAAAAAAAAUUAUUUUGAGUUUAUUUAUAAUUACUGCUUGUUGAAUACUUCUGCUUCAUUUCUUCAAAUCUUAUAUGUACAGAAGUGCCAAAUAUGAAACGAAACAUAUGUAAAUGUAUAUUACAUUUAUAUACUCAUCUUGUUUGGGUAUAAUUUGAGAAAAAAGUAAAUGUUUUUAUCUUAAAGACAAAUAACAAAUAUUUCUGUUAUGAUAUAAUUGACUUAUUCGAUUUUUCUUUAGAUUUAUAUAUAGUUUAUAAAAACACUAUAUAUUUAAUUUUAUAGGAAUUGAGUUUUAACACUUAUACUCGUAUAUUAUGUGUGUAAACCUGUAGUGCUUAUCUUUGUUAUUUUUAGUUGUAAUGUUAAAAGCAAGUAGUUGCGACGAAAUGAUAUAAUAAGUUUUCUAUUUUCUGUGCAAUGAAGCACUUUUUUUUACAGGAACACAAUUAUGUUGAUUAGGCGAAUCGUAAAUUGUUGCGAUUAAAUAUUGCAAAAGAGUUUCCAAUGCAUAAAAUGACUAUUGUCUUUUCGAUUCUUAACAAGAUCUCGUAUCUUCAAACUGUCUUCCAAAAUCUUUAAUUUUCAACUUAUCAUAUCACAUGUGUCUGCUUUAUAUUGUAAACAUUGUUUUAUUAACGUUACGCACAGGUUGUAAAGAAUAAGAAGCUAUAUUGGCAGUUAUUUGAAUGAACAGAUAUUUAUAAAUCGCUGUGAUUAUAUUUAAUUCAAAAGACAAAACAAUUAAUUGCUUGCAUUAGAUAAAUGUUUCAGUUGCAAGUUCUACAAUACAUACUUUUAUAAAAUGUCGAGAUUAAAUUGUAUUUUUGUUUUGAAACGAUCUUUAUUGAUUACUUUCAGAAAUAAUUUUUAAAAGUAUAUUAUAGCAGAUAUGUAUCACUAUACGUAGUAAUAAAUACCCAGCAAAAACAAUUUCUGACUGCGCAGACCUGGCAACAGAAACUGUGCAGAAACGUUACAAUACGGAAACAUGCUUUGUGUGCUGCCAAAGCUGUUAACACACAGACACAAAAAACGCAAUAUAGUCACCAAAACUCACCAAAAUCAUAUCCUACUGAGGACACAUAUGGAUUUGGUGUGACGGUUGGCGACAAAAUCGCGACAUCUGACAACCAAAUUGUUUGCUGGGUAAUAACACUUCUAUAAUGUUUUGCUUUUUGGUUAGCUUUACUAAUGCAAGCAUAAUGUAGGUAUUACAUAAAUUCAAAUAACAUACAUACAAGAUCGUUUUAUGUAAACUAACCAUGUCUGCAAUAUUACUUGAUUUCUUGCGAAUAUUUUAUAGAUAUUAUUUAAGUAUAUAUGUCCAGAAAAAACAAAGUAUCUAAUAUAAAAUAUAAAAGAAGAAA